UUAAAGCCGCAGAGUUUAUUCAGCUUCAGAGCAGCAUACAGUAAACUUCCCUCAAUUUUCAAUCUGUUUAAGGAUUGCCAUGCUGAGAGCUAUUUUUACAUCAAUGUAUGCCAAGAUGCUACUCACGUUUCUUGCAGGAUGUGUUAUAAUGAUUAAAGGCCAAACAACAGAAUAUUACGGAACUUCAUUGUCUUCGAACUUAUCAUUGGCUACGUAUGAAACAUCUGAGUCUACAUUGUCUACAGAUUCAACAUCCACACUUAUUGCUACUACACAAACAUCAACUAUAAUUGAAACACCAACUCCACCUUCAUCGUCUACAGAGUCAACAUCCACGCCUACAACUACUACACAAACAUCAGCUAUAAUUGAAACACCAACUCCUCCUUCAUCGUCUACAGAGUCAACAUCCGUGCCUACAACUACUACACAAACAUCAACUACACAUGAAAUAUCUGAGUCUACAUUGUCUACAGAUUCAGCGUCCACACUUAUUGCUACUACACAAACAUCAACUACAAAAGAAACAUCAUCUCUGCCUUCAACUUCUCCAGAGCCAACAUCCACACCUACAACUACUACACAAACAUCAACUACAUGUGAAACAUCUGAGUCUACAUUGUCUACAGAGUCAACAUCCACACUUAUUGCUACUACACAAACAUCAGCUACAAAUGAAACAUCAUCUCCGCCUUCAUUUACUACAGAGCCAACAUCCACGUCUACAAUUAUGACACAUACAUCAACUACAAAUGAAACAUCAUCUCCGCCUUCAUUUACUACAGAGCCUACAUCCACGUCUACAAUUAUGACACAAACAUCAACUACAAAUGAAACAUCAUCUCUGCCUUCAUUGUCUACAGAGCCAACAUCCACGCCUACAGCUACUACAGAAACAUCAGCUACAAAUGAAACAUCAUCUCCGCCUUCAUUUACUACAGAGCCUACAUACACGUCUACAGCUACUACACAAACAUCAGCUACAAAUGAAACAUCAUCUCCGCCUUCAUUUACUACAGAGCCAACAUCCACGCCUACAGCUACUACAGAAACAUCAGCUACAAAUGAAACAUCAUCUCCGCCUUCAUUUACUACAGAGCCUACAUCCACGUCUACAGCUACUACAGAAACAUCAGCUACAAAUGAAACAUCAUCUCCGCCUUCAUUUACUACAGAGCCUACAUCCACGUCUACAGCUACUACAGAAACAUCAGCUACAAAUGAAACAUCAUCUCUGCCUUCAUUGUCUACAGAGCCAACAUCCACGUCUACAGCUACUACACAAUCAUCAACUACAAAUGAAACAUCAUCUCCUUUUUCAUUUUCUACAGAGCCAACAUCCAUGCCUACAGAUACAACACAAACAUCAACUACAAAUGAAACAUCAUCUCCUUCUUCAUUUUCUACAGAGCCAACAUCCACGUCUACAGCUACUACACAAACAUCAGCUACAAAUGAAACAUCAUCUCCGCCUUCAUUUACUACAGAGCCUACAUCCACGCCUACAGCUACUACACAAACAUCAACUACAAAUGAAACAUCAUCUCCUUUUUCAUUUUCUACAGAGCCUACAUCCACGUCUACAAUUAUGACACAAACAUCAACCACAAAUGAAACAUCAUCUCCUCCUUCAUCGCCUACAGAGCCAACAUCCACACCUACAGCUACUACACAAACAUCAACUACAAAUGAAACAUCAUCUCUGCCUUCAUUGUCUACAGAGCCAACAUCCACGCCUACAGAUACAACACAAACAUCAACUACAAAUGAAAUAUCAUCUCCUUCAUUGUCUACAGAGCCAACAUCCACGCCUACAGAUACAACACAAACAUCAACUACAAAUGAAACAUCAUCUCCGCCUUCAUUUACUACAGAGCCAACAUCCACGCCUACAAUUAUGACACAUACAUCAACUACAAAUGAAACAUCAUCUCCGCCUUCAUUUACUACAGAGCCUACAUCCACGUCUACAAUUAUGACACAAACAUCAACUACAAAUGAAACAUCAUCUCUGCCUUCAUUGUCUACAGAGCCAACAUCCACGCCUACAGCUACUACAGAAAAAUCAGCUACAAAUGAAACAUCAUCUCCGCCUUCAUUUACUACAGAGCCUACAUACACGUCUACAGCUACUACACAAACAUCAGCUACAAAUGAAACAUCAUCUCCGCCUUCAUUUACUACAGAGCCUACAUCCACGUCUACAAUUAUGACACAAACAUCAACUACAAAUGAAACAUCAUCUCUGCCUUCAUUGUCUACAGAGCCAACAUCCACGCCUACAGCUACUACAGAAACAUCAGCUACAAAUGAAACAUCAUCUCCGCCUUCAUUUACUACAGAGCCUACAUACACGUCUACAGCUACUACACAAACAUCAGCUACAAAUGAAACAUCAUCUCCGCCUUCAUUUACUACAGAGCCUACAUCCACGCCUACAGCUACUACAGAAACAUCAGCUACAAAUGAAACAUCAUCUCCGCCUUCAUUUACUACAGAGCCUACAUCCACGUCUACAGCUACUACACAAACAUCAGCUACAAAUGAAACAUCAUCUCCGCCUUCAUUUACUACAGAGCCUACAUCCACGUCUACAGCUACUACAGAAACAUCAGCUACAAAUGAAACAUCAUCUCUGCCUUCAUUGUCUACAGAGCCUACAUCCACGUCUACAGCUAUUACACAAUCAUCAACUACAAAUGAAACAUCAUCUCCUUUUUCAUUGUCUACAGAGCCAACAUCCACGUCUACAGCUACUACACAAACAUCAACUACAAAUGAAACAUCAUCUCCUUUUUCAUUUUCUACAGAGCCAACAUCCACGCCUACAGAUACAACACAAAUAUCAACUACAAAUGAAACAUCAUCUCCUUCUUCAUUUUCUACAGAGCCAACAUCCACGCCUACAAAUACAACACAAACAUCAACUACAAAUGAAACAUCAUCUCCUUCUUCAUUUUCUACAGAGCCAACAUCCACGUCUACAAUUAUGACACAAACAUCAGCUACAAAUGAAACAUCAUCUCUGCCUUCAUUGUCUACAGAGCCAACAUCCAUGCCUACAGCUACUACACAAACAUCAGCUACAAAUGAAACAUCAUCUCCGCCUUCAUUUACUACAGAGCCAACAUCCACGUCUACAAUUAUGACACAAACAUCAACUACAAAUGAAACAUCAUCUCUGCCUUCAUUGUCUACAGAGCCAACAUCCACGUCUACAAUUAUGACACAAACAUCAACUACAAAUGAAACAUCAUCUCUGCCUUCAUUGUCUACAGAGCCAACAUCCACGUCUACAGCUACUACAGAAACAUCAGCUACAAAUGAAACAUCAUCUCCGCCUUCAUUUACUACAGAGCCUACAUCCACGUCUGCAGCUACCACAGAAACAUCAGCUACAAAUGAAACAUCAUCUCCGCCUUCAUUUACUACAGAGCCUACAUCCACGUCUGCAGCUACUACACAAACAUCUACUACAAAUGAAACAUCAUCUCCUCCUUCAUCGCCUACAGAGCCAACAUCCACGCCUACAGCUACUACACAAACAUCAACUACAAAUGAAACAUCAUCUCCUUUUUCAUUUUCUACAGAGCCAACAUCCACGCCUACAGCUACUACACAAACAUCAACUACAAAUGAAACAUCAUCUCCUUUUUCAUUUUCUACAGAGCCAACAUCCACGUCUACAAUUAUGACACAAACAUCAGCUACAAAUGAAACAUCAUCUCCGCCUUCAUUUUCUACAGAGCCAACAUCCACGUCUACAGCUACUACACAAACAUCAGCUACAAAUGAAACAUCAUCUCCUUUUUCAUUUACUACAGAGCCUACAUCCACGCCUACAGAUACAACACAAACAUCAACUACAAAUGAAAUAUCAUCUCCUUUUUCAUUUUCUACAGAGCCUACAUCCACGUCUACAAUUAUGACACAAACAUCAACCACAAAUGAAACAUCAUCUCCUCCUUCAUCGCCUACAGAGCCAACAUCCACACCUACAGCUAGUACACAAACAUCAACUACAAAUGAAACAUCAUCUCUGCCUUCAUUGUCUACAGAGCCAACAUCCACGCCUACAGAUACAACACAAACAUCAACUACAAAUGAAACAUCAUCUCCUUCUUCAUUUUCUACAGAGCCAACAUCCAUGCCUACAGAUACAACACAAACAUCAACUACAAAUGAAACAUUAUCUCCUCCUUCAUCGCCUACAGAGCCAACAUCCACGCCUACAGCUACUACACAAACAUCAACUACAAAUGAAACAUCAUCUCCUUUUUCAUUUACUACAGAGCCAACAUCCACGCCUACAGAUACAACACAAACAUCAACUACAAAUGAAACAUCAUCUCCUUCUUCAUUUACUACAGAGCCAACAUCCACGUCUACAGCUACUACACAAACAUCAACUACAAAUGAAACAUCAUCUCCUUUUUCAUUUACUACAGAGCCAACAUCCACGUCUACAGCUACAACACAAACAUCAACUACAAAUGAAACAUCAUCUCCUUCUUCAUUUUCUACAGAGCCAACAUCCACGUCUACAGCUACUACACAAACAUCAACUACAAAUGAAACAUCAUCUCCGCCUUCAUUUUCUACAGAGCCAACAUCCACGCCUACAGAUACAACACAAACAUCAACUACAAAUGAAACAUCAUCUCCGCCUUCAUUUACUACAGAGCCAACAUCCACGUCUACAAUUAUGACACAAACAUCAACUACAAAUGAAACAUCAUCUCUGCCUUCAUUGUCUACAGAGCCAACAUCCACGUCUACAGCUACUACAGAAACAUCAGCUACAAAUGAAACAUCAUCUCCGCCUUCAUUUACUAGAGAGCCUACAUCCACGUCUACAGCUACAACAGAAACAUCAGCUACAAAUGAAACAUCAUCUCUGCCUUCAUUUACUACAGAGCCUACAUCCACGUCUACAGCUACUACAGAAACAUCAGCUACAAAUGAAACAUCAUCUCCUCCUUCACCGCCUUCAGAGCCAACAUCCACGCCUACAGCUACUACACAAACAUCAACUACAAAUGAAACAACAUCUCCUUUUUCAUUUUCUACAGAGCCAACAUCCACGCCUACAGAUACAACACAAACAUCAACUACAAAUGAAACAUCAUCUCCUUUUUCAUUUUCUACAGAGCCAACAUCCACGUCUACAAUUAUGACACAAACAUCAACUACAAAUGAAACAUUAUCUCUGCCUUCAUUGUCUACAGAGCCUACAUCCACGUCUACAGCUACUACACAAACAUCAACUACAAAUGAAACAACAUCUCCUUUUUCAUUUUCUACAGAGCCAACAUCCACGCCUACAGCUACUACACAAACAUCAACUACAAAUGAAACAUCAUCUCCUUUUUCAUUUUCUACAGAGCCAACAUCCACGUCUACAAUUAUGACACAAACAUCAACUACAAAUGAAACAUCAUCUCUGCCUUCAUUGUCUACAGAGCCUACAUCCACGUCUACAGCUACUACACAAACAUCAACUACAAAUGAAACAACAUCUCCUUUUUCAUUUUCUACAGAGCCAACAUCCACGUCUACAGCUACUACAGAAACAUCAGCUACAAAUGAAACUUCAUCUCCGCAAUCAUUUACUACAGAGCCUACAUCCACGUCUACAGCUACUACACAAACAUCAACUACAAUUGAAACAUCAUCUCCACCUUCAUUUACUACAGAGCCUACAUCCACGUCUACAGCUACUACACAAACAUCAGCUACAAAUGAAACAUCAUCUCCGCCUUCAUUUACUACAGAGCCAACAUCCACGUCUACAGCUACUACACAAACAUCAGCUACAAAUGAAACAUCAUCUCCGCCUUCAUUUACUACAGAGCCUACAUCCACGUCUACAGCUACUACAGAAACAUCAGCUACAAAUGAAACAUUAUCUCCGCCUUCAUUUACUACAGAGCCUACAUCCACGUCUACAGCUACUACAGAAACAUCAGCUACAAAUGAAACAUCAUCUCUGCCUUCAUUUACUACAGAGCCUACAUCCACGUCUACAGCUACUACACAAACAUCUACUACAAAUGAAACAUCAUCUCCUCGUUCAUCGCCUACAGAGCCAACAUCCACGCCUACAGCUACUACACAAACAUCAACUACAAAUGAAACAUCAUCUCCUUCUUCAUUUUCUACAGAGCCAACAUCCAUGCCUACAGAUACAACACAAACAUCAACUACAAAUGAAACAUCAUCUCCUUCUUCAUUUUCUACAGAGCCAACAUCCACGUCUACAAUUAUGACACAAACAUCAGCUACAAAUGAAACAUCAUCUCCGCCUUCAUUUACUACAGAGCCUACAUCCACGUCUACAGCUACUACACAAACAUCAGCUACAAAUGAAACAUCAUCUCUGCCUUCAUUGUCUACAGAGCCUACAUCCACGUCUACAGCUACUACACAAACAUCAGCUACAAAUGAAACAUCAUCUCUGCCUUCAUUGUCUACAGAGCCAACAUCCACGUCUACAGCUACUACACAAACAUCAACUACAAAUGAAACAUCAUCUCCUUUUUCAUUUUCUACAGAGCCAACAUCCACGUCUACAGCUACUACAGAAACAUCAGCUACAAAUGAAACAUCAUCUCCGCCUUCAUUUACUACAGAGCCUACAACCACGUCUACAGCUACUACACAAACAUCAGCUACAAAUGAAACAUCAUCUCUGCCUUCAUUGUCUACAGAGCCUACAUCCACGUCUACAGCUACUACACAAACAUCAGCUACAAGUGAAACAUCAUCUCCGCCUUCAUUUACUACAGAGCCAACAUCCACGCCUACAGCUACUACACAAACAUCAACUACAAAUGAAACAUCAUCUCCUUCUUCAUUUUCUACAGAGCCAACAUCCACGUCUACAAUUAUGACACAAACAUCAACUACAAAUGAAACAUCAUCUCUUUUUUCAUUGUCUACAGAGCCAACAUCCACACCUACAGCUCCGACACAAACAUCAACUACAAAUGAAACAUCAUCUCUGCCUUCAUCACCUACAGAGCCAACAUCCACGUCUACAGCUACUACACAAACAUCAACUGCAAAUGAAACAUCAUCUCCACCUUCAUUGUCUACAGCGCCAACGUCAGCUGCAUUGUCUACACAUUUGCGUACUACACAAACUACCUCUCCAACAGCAACAGACAUAACAACCACCUUUCCACAAACAACGAUUACAACCAUCUCUCCAGAAACAACAAUUACAGACAUAAAAAACAAAUCUUCAGAAACAACAUCCAUUACAACCAACUCUCUACCCAUACCAAACAUCACAACCCAAUCUCCUACAUCAACAACCAUUACAGCCAUCUAUCCAAUAACAUCAGACAUAACAACCAACUCUCCAGAAAAAACAACCAACACAAUCCAGUAUCCUACAUCAACAGCCAUUACAAGCACCUAUCCAACAACAGACAUAACAACCAAUUCUCCAGAAACAACAACCAACACAACCCAGUCUUCUACAUCAACAGCCAUUACAACCAUCUAUCCAACAACAAACAUAACAACCAACUCUCCAGAAACAACCAACACAACCCAAUCCCCUACAUCAACAACCAUUACAACCACCUAUCCAACAACAACAGACAUAACAACCAACUCUUCAGAAACAACAACCAACACAACCCAGUCUUCUACAUCAACAGCCAUUACAACCAUCUAUCCAACAACAAACAUAACAACCAACUCUCCAGAAACAACAACCAACACAACCCAAUCCCCUACAUCAACAACCACCUAUCAAACAACAACAAACAUAACAACCAACUCUCCAGAAACAACAACCAGUACAACCCAAUCUCCUACAUCAACAGCCAUUACAACCACCUAUCCAACAACAGACAUAACAACCAACUCUCCAGAAACAACAACCAACACAACCCAGUCUUCUACAUCAACAGCCAUUACAAGCACCUAUCAAACAACAACAGACAUAACAACCAACUCUCCAGAAACAACAACCAACACAACCCAGUCUUCUACAUCAACAGCCAUUACAACCAUCUAUCCAACAACAAACAUAACAACCAAUUCUCUAGAAACAACCAACACAACCCCGUAUCCUACAUCAACAGCCAUUACAAGCACCUAUCCAACAACAGACAUAACAACCAACUCUCCAGAAACAACAACCAACACAACCCAGUCUUCUACAUCAACAGCCAUUACAACCAUCUAUCCAACAACAAACAUAACAACCAACUCUCCAGAAACAACAACCAACACAACCCAAUCCCCUACAUCAACAACCAUUACAACCACCUAUCCAACAACAAGAGACAUAACAACCAACUCUUCAGAAACAAUAACCAAUACAUCCCAGUCUUCUACAUCAACAGCCAUUACAACCACCUAUCCAACAACAACAGACAUAACAACCAACUCUUCAGAAACAACAACCAAUACAACCAACUCUCUACAAACGCCAAACAUCACAACCCAAUCUCCUAGAUCAACAGCCAUUACAUCUAUCUAUGCAACAACAACCGCAAUCACAACCACCUCUCCAGCAACAACAGACAUAACAACCAAAAUUCUACAAACAAUGUCUGCUCAGGCAGUGGUUUGGAUGCAAUCUGUCACUGAACUAAGCGAUGAAAAAAUCAUCCUAUAUAUAGAAGAGUUUUACCAACAAAUACAGGCUAAGGUUAAUGGUACCAUUAAGAUGACAGUGAAGAAGAUCGAAAAAGUGACAGCUUAAGGAAAACCUGCAGCAACAAUGUGUUGAUCAAUACUCAUCUAAAUGAAUGAGCCUGAAGUCUGUAGAAUAGAUUUUAUUAUACCUGGUGGCAACUAACAUCAUACAAUAUUUGGCCAAAAGUAUGUAAACAUCUGGCCAUCACACCCAUAUGUGCUUGUUAAACAUCCAAUUUCAGAUUUAGUCCACCCUUUGCUGUUAUAAUAACCUCCUCUAUACCUGGAACUACUGGGCUUCCACUAGGUUUUGGAGUGUGCCGAUGUGUGGGUAUCUGUUCCCAUUUAGCUACAAGAGCAUUAGUAAUGUCACUGAUGUGCGAUGAGAAGUUUUUGCUACACUGCUACACAGUUUGUGUUCCAACCCAUCCACACUAAGUGGCUCCCAAAUGGUAGAAUAGUCAAGAGAUUACCAACAAUGCAAUAGAUAUCCCUGGCUCUGAGUUCAAAACCCGAUGCACAAUUAGAAAGACAAAUAAUCCAGGUAGUGGAUAUAUACAUAAUUUUAUAUUUCAGUGAUUAAUACCAAAAUAAAAUGGUGAACAUGAUCAUAAUUGUACGCUAAUUCUUUCUUACUCAUAAAAUAAUAAAAAAAAAGCCAUUAGACAAACAUUAACUAGAAAUGAGUGUGUGGCAGAGAAUUAGGAAUAUAUAGUACCAUCACAGAGACAUAAAUUAAUAUUUUUUUUAAUACUUUAAACAAAAUGUUUGUGUUGUUCACACAACAAUCCAGUGAUCCAUCUAAUAGUGAAACACGCACUCUACAUGAUGCCUAAACUGGUUUCUUGUACCUUUUACGAAAACCUUACAUAUUUUUUCUCAAAAAUAGUACUUAUUUAUUUAUGAAUAGUGCAACAUUUUUUCUGACCAACCAUGUUUGAAUUCAUAUGUACCAGAAGAUGGCAGUGUCACAAUUUAAAUAAACAUGAGUCACUGGGUCAGAGUUAACAAAUCAGAUCAUUUGACACGGCUCACCAGUUAGACUUGACUUAAUAUUAAUUUUUUAUUUAUUAUUCUCCUUAGAAUUCUUAGCCUCUAACUAAUCGUAAUCUGCGUAGUUGGAAGCAGCUCAACAAGAGGGUGUAUGACUGACAUGUGAAGCAACCAAUCACAGUUCAUUUUGUUUGCUCAUUUGUCACAUUUGUAAACAGGACGGCUUUCUGUCCGGACAGCUUUCAUGGCAUGACACCUGAGGCUGAGACUAAACAACUCAGUAAUUUUCUUUAAACAGCUCAAAAUUUGGAAUUUAACUUGAUUCUAAAUUGUUCCAUUAAACUUUUAAUUACAAAAACUCCACCUCUGAGAUAAAAAAAAUACAUUACUCUCCAUUGCAUUUUAUAAAAUAUAUUUUCAAAUGAAAAAAUCAGCAAGUAACUACAAAUAAAAUGUGUAACAGGAAUUCAAAGUGACCUCAUUAACUAAUACCACAAUAUCAGUAAUAAUAAUAAUAAUAAUAAUAAUAAUAAUAAUAAUAAUAAAUUAUAUUCAAGAAAAAGAGGCUGGUGAAGGAACAAGUGUAAAUGAGAACAAGAAUUAAAUGAUGUUCCACAAUGUUCAGUGUUACUAUGAAUAGAUUAAAAAAGUAUUAUCUCUGGUAACUUUGGUAAUAUAAACAUAAUAUAACACUUGUAUAUGUCUAUAUGCUGUUAUUGGAAAAUAAUCAACUUUUCAACAGGAGGUACACAUCUGUAAACUUGAGCAUAAGGAAGAGUUAAAAAAAAAAAAGUCAUAGUGCAAAUCUGGAAGCCAAAUUACUACUUUAUCUGCAUGUAUUGUGGUGUAACUCCACACCAGCAUCAGACUCAAACUUAAGGUGUGGCUUAAGACUCAGACUUGAUUGAGUCUUUAGAUUUGAGUGAUUUGUAUAUUUAUUUUAUGUACAGAUAUAUUCUGCUAUUUUAUGAAACUGUUUGGAGUUACUGAGAUAGAUUACCAUUCGAUUUGAGUAAGAAAUUUAAUGAUAACUUCAGUACAAAACUAAAAAUUUCAGUAUUUUAGAAGUGUCUAGGAGACCAUCUACAACACUUAAGAAGUUACUGUGUGAAAUAGGAUAAUCCAUGCAGACCCGGACAAUAUCAUCAGCUUAUAAAGAACCAGCCUCUAUAGUAGAGUGGCCAGAAGGAAACAACUUUUAUGAAAUGCUGACAUAAAAGCAUGUCUGAAAAACCUGUUCCAGUCAGCCAGACAUCUGUGCCUACGAUUACAAUUUACAUCCCAAGAGGACAAUAAGCCAAUGCAAAGAACCACAAAAUAAUGGAAACAAACCUGAGAGAAGUUUGAAUUAGUGCUUUGCAUAUUCAGUCAUCAAUAUAAUCUGCAAACGUAACAAUUUGAAUUAAAUCAAUUUCAUUCACUCUGGCAUUCUCUCCCCCUGGUUCCAACAGUUACUGAAUACACAAAGAAACAAAUAAGUCGCUUGCCGGUAAAAAGACACAGGUGCGAAUCAUCAUGCAUUACUUGCCAGUUCAUCCAGCUGACACAGGACCACACCCUCGCUGUGGCAUUCAUUAAUCAACUUUAUAUGCAAAUCAAAGUGUAAGGAGUUAUGACUGCAAAAGUUGUGUGCCUCAAACCUCACACUAAAAUUAAAGUGUAUAGCAGCUGUCAAAUGAUGUAAAUCAUUAAAAGGUAGCCAGUAGGUGAAAGGUGAAUGGCUGUAAUGUUUGAUAUGCAUUGUGAAAUUAGUCAAAUCUUGGCAGUGUUUAUUAAUAAUAAAUGACCAAGACCAAGUUUUAAGUGUAAGCAUAAAUCUUUUUUUUCAUACAGUUAAACCUGUGAUAAUUCUUGACUAUUGAAAGGAUUUCUUUUUCCUCUGGUUGUUGUCCAAACCACCUUAAACAUAAAAUGUACAAAUCGAAGGAUCUCAUGUUUUUAUUAUUACACUGUUGCAAGAAAAGUCACUGCAUGUCAUUCAUAAAUACAAUAUGUCAAUUAUAGGAACUGAUGUUUUUUAA